CCGCAGCUUCACUUCAGGAACUAUGUCGCGAUCGCCGAGCUCUGCGCUAGCAUGGACGGCAACGGUUGUGGCGGUGGCUUGCCACGCCUCUUCAAUGGCGGAUCCUGCAAGCCCCGCGACUGCUGACUCCGACACGCGACAACACUACAUCGGGUUUGACUUGUCCUACGCCUGCGCCGAAAGAUCAGCCAAACGAUGGGAAUACAGCCUCGGCGCAAACAUCCACGUCGCGUCUCGCCCAAAAGGGUUCUACUUUGAUCCGAACUACGACCGCCAUUGCCAACAGCUAUCUACCAAGGCCUACGGGUCCAAGACUGGCUAUGACCGCGGCCACUUAGUUGCGAGCGAGCACAUGACCAACAGCGUCGAAGCUCGCCACCAAGCUCACUAUAUGACGAACAUCGCGCCGCAGAUUUCAUCCUUCAAUAAAUGCCAGUGGGCCAAGACCGAAGCGAUCGAAGCGUGCUUUCGAACGCUGCCUGGGGGCGUUCGCACCUGGGGUGGCGUCAAGUACAAUGAGACGGAUAACGACAUUUUCGUCGACGAGUGGGGCAUUCGAACCCCUGACUACUGGUGGAAAGUCGUCGUAGCAAAGGAUACCGCGACUGGCCAAGACAAAGCAAUCGCGUGGUUUUUUCCGAAUCGACCCAAUUUGGGGCACCUUGACAAGUACUUGGUGACUGUUGCCGAAAUUGAAACCCAGAUGAACGACAACUUGGGCCCGGUCCCUGUCUCCGAUGCACUCAAAUCGAUCGUUAGCCCCACGAGCUGGGUCAUGCCACCGACUUGCCACCAUGUCCUCAAUGGUGACAGCGACCAAGAUGACGUGACCACUGGUCAUGGCCCAACCGCUGACGUCUAACAGGACGACCCGCCAUUCCACCUUGCAACGUCGUGGGUGGCUGGGGGGAAUGACUACUUUAAUCAUAGCCUCCUCUUUUUCUGCCUCA